CUUCACCAAGGUGUUGCUGACAAUGAAGAUUUCCUUGUCGCUGCAAGACAGGAUCGCUAUGAACGGGACAUGACGCAACAUUUACGUCAGCAACAGGACGAAGCCUACUUACAAAGUUUUAAAGCUGAUCAGGAAAAGGAGAAACGAAAGAAGGAGAUAUUAAACGGCAGCAAAAGGAAGCUGCAUCUCUACCAGUUUGUCUUUAGUCAUGCCGAAGCACCCAACAAUUUUGAUAUCGCCACAAACUUCCCCAAGCGCAGUCUUCCUUGCAAGACGACGUCCAAAGGCAAUCCAACUCCUCCGACAUUCAUGGACGUUGGAUUAAGAAAAAAUGAAAUGUUGUUUGUAUAUGAUUUAGAAUCAUAGUUCAUUAGUUUUAAUUAUCGUAAUAGCUUAAUCGUCACCUCAAUCCCUGAUAUCUCAAUUAAUUAUUCUAACAAUUCAUUUUAUAGUCAUUUUAAUUUCGGUUUGGUGCGUAAUUUUAUUGCUCGUAAAAUCAAUCCCAAUUUUUAUCACAGAGAAUAUUUAUUAGAUAUUCUCUUCGUGUCGUCGUAUGUUAUUAGUAAGAUCAAAUCUUGAAACGUAUCGACGUCAUCACAUUGUAUUGUAUCCAGCAUGUUGGUUUUAGAAUUAAACUAUUUAUUUAAUUUUUAAAGGUCCUCCAA